AUGGCCAAACGGAUUCAGAGGAGUCAGACAACCACUCUACGAAAACGUAUUGAUAAGGCUUGGAGUUUUUGUGAUAAUUUGGUGGCACGUGUCUACAGACACAUCAGGCCUCUCUACUUUUACAUUCUGCUCUGUAUAGCCUAUACGUUUUCCACAUCUGGCGUAAUUUACAAUCUCAUCAAUACGCCUCCACCCUAUGGGAUAGAGAGGGUUGGAGUUAAUGAGACGAAGCAAGUGUUCAUCGCAAGCGGAAUGAUGACCCAGUAUUCCACGGAGGGCUAUGUUUCGGGCCUCCUCAACCUUGUGGCUGGCGUCAGUCUGGUCUUGGCGCUCGUAGAGCUGCGAAGCAAGCGCUGCAACGGGCUUCUGGCUUUUGCUUACGCGCUCACCUUUUGUGUAUCUUGCUUAAUUCAAAAGAGGAGAUUCAACAAGAAGACCGGCAUGUAG